GGAGUCUGAAUCCAGUUAAGUUCAGCACUUGCAGCUUUUGGUUCAUUUUCACUGUGGGAUUUCCUCAGCCCUAUAUGAAAGAUUAUUUGGAUGCUGACUCACAUGAUUUAUUUUAAAAAUGAAGCCUAUUUUAUUCUGGAUCAUUUGCAUUGCUUUGUUGCCCAGUUUAUCCUCAAUGGCAGUCACCAAUAAAACAGUGUGCCCGGUACUAAGGAAUUAUCGAUCUUACAAUAGACAAGGUUAUGCAGACAGUCUGGAUAUAUCAGGAUAUGACCUCGCUGAGCAGUUUUCUCUAAGAAAGACAUCCUGUGGAGGUGAAAAGACAUGUUUUAAGCUAGGAAGCACUCCUCUGAUCAAAGACACACAAAAACUAUUUUCCUCUGGACUUCCAGAAGAAUUCUCAAUAACUGCUGUUUUCCGUGUUCGACGUAGCACAAAAAAGGAGCGUUGGGUUUUGUGGAAAAUAUUGACCUAUGCAGGUAGUCCACAGGAUGCUAUUCUAAUUGAUGGUGAGAAGAAAGUUGUGGAGUUCACAGCCAAACAGGGUGGAACUACCUUGCACUAUACCUUUAAAAGUCGAGAGCUUCAUCAUCUUUUUGAUCGUCAGUGGCACAAGCUUGGGAUUUGCAUUCAGCAUAGUAUCAUUUCACUUUAUGUGGACUGCAAGUUAAUUGAAAGAAGACAGACUUCUAAGAAAGACCCUAUCGACUUCCACGGGAGUUCAGUGAUAGCGGGGCGUGCGUCUGAUGACAAACCUGUUGAUAUUGAACUCCAACGAAUAACAAUUUACUGCAGUCCAAAACAGGCGGCUCAAGAAGACUGCUGUGAGAUAUCCGAUGGAAUGUGUGAUAAUCAAGAAAACCUGCAGUCUUCUGUUCCUUCAUCUGUUAGCAAGUUACAUUCUGCCCAGAACACAGAUUCGCUGUCUGAAGAUAAAUGUUACUGCUUUCCAAAUAAGGGAGAAGCAGGUUUACCAGGACCCACAGGUUUGCCUGGGCAAAAGGGUGACCAAGGUGUUCAGGGUGAGAAGGGAAGCAAAGGUGAAAAUGGUAAUCCAGGCGAAAUUGGGGAAAAGGGUGAAAGAGGUUUUGAAGGACUUCCUGGCUCAAAUGGCCCCAAGGGAGAACCUGGUCUUGAUGGUAACAAAGGAGAAAAGGGAGACUUAGGUGAAAAGGGUGAGAAAGGAGAAACUGGUCAUGCCGGUCUUCAAGGAAAAGAUGGUUUGGAUGGUAUUCCAGGCCUUCCAGGUCCAAUUGGCCCCAAGGGAGAAAAGGGUGAAACUGGACCACCUGGACCUGGCAGCAUCACCUGUAAGUACAGUAUAUGCAUCAAGUACAGAUUAGUAUAUAUUCAUACAGUAACCAGCUGA